GCUAGCGCCAAAUUUGAAACGAUGAUGGAAUAUUUUGGUUUAGAAGAAAAAACAACGAUUUUUAACUUAAAUCCUUACUGUUUAUAUGAAAUAUUUCGUCAAAUUCACAAAAACUGCGCAUUCAAGCAAACCAAUGAUAUAUUUUUAAAGUACAGUGAUCUUAUAAACUUUGCUAUUUGCUGUGAUCAUCUCAACAGAACGUUCAAAAAAUGGAGUCUCAAUCUUUAUAAGGAGCUGUGUAUUGAAAACACAUUCCUCAAUACGUACAUAUGCGUAGAGAUUAAUUUCUCAAAUCUUCAUUCGCACAUUUAUGGAUUGUCGAACAGUGAAAAGAAAAUGUUCUGGAUGAAUUUCAAAAAUCACAUUAUGGAUAACGAACAACUGGAGUCAUUAAAGGUAAUUUACGAACCAACACGUUACUGGAGUGAUUACUUGGAAAGAUUUGAGGACCUCAUAAAAUCGCUUCAUGUCAAGCCAAAACUGAGGGAGCUCUCUGUUUACAUAAAUGGAUUCAGCCUUGAGAUCGUGCCGCAGAUCACUCAUCUAGAAAAACUAGAGCUGAAUGUCCGAAUGCAUUCCAGUAUCCUGGUCGAGCUGUGUAAACUGAAUCCAAACCUACGAAGACUCAUUCUAAGGAAUUCCGAAAUAUUUGGCAGAUUAUCGGAUAUAGUACCUCAUUGCAAUCAACUGGAAUAUCUGAGCUUUGUGAUGAAAGAGGUAGAUGCAUCCGAGUACGUAGCCCUGGCCAAUUUGCCGCAACUUAAGUCAUUAAUUCUGUGUGGCGAGCAUCUCGAGGGAUCGCUUGUGAAGCUUUUUAAUCGCUUCCAAGAACACCAGCACAUCCAGAGCAUAUGUAUCCCGGAAACAUAUGUCAGCAAUGCAGAGGCCAUCGCCUUGGCAUCCAUUCGCUUAGUGGUUUCAAUUAAGUGCUGUUUGCGGGAUAAAUCGAUCUAUUCGGACUUGCCGUUAAGCGGAAAACUUACUCAUAUCUACAUUCUGGGUCACCCCAUGCAAUAUAAUCCAGACAAUCCGUAUUACAAUGAAAAGGAGGAGGAUUUUCUCAAAGUGACUUAUAGGGCACAUAGACCGUUAGCCGUCGUGCGUGCAUAUUAUCAAUAUUGGCAGACCAAAGAUCCAAAUCUAUUGCAAUUGGCCUUCGAUGAAGAUUAUUUGCAUGCACAUCGUCUCUAUUGCAUAGGCUGGUAUGAUGCCAAGAUUUUACCAGCUACAAUGCACAAUUCAUCAGAACAAUUCUCGGUCUCUAUCACCGGAAUUGUGCUCAAUAAAAAGGUAUCGAUUUCCGAUGCAGAACUUGCCGUACUGGCUUCCAUACCCACGCUUACCACCAUUCGAUGUUCAUUUGUUCAAAUAGAGCAAAUAAUCGCGGUUAAACUCCAGCAACUUAAUGAGAUUACAAAUACCGCAAAUCGAGUGGAUAAAAUUAAAACCGAAUUUUGCAAUAUUCGUUUCGUUCAUAGCCACGAAUCUGUGACGCUCGUACUGGAAUUCUUUGUACAGUGCAUCCUGAGUUAUGGGAGUAUCCUUGCUCCUCUUGCCAAUUUAAGAAAUUUGAAACGUCUGGAGAUAAAGGGAAAACUUAUGAGCGGAUCAUUGGUGGAGCUCUUUAGGGCUUUGGCCGCCUUGGAUAAACACACACUGCAGCAACUAGAAACUGCAUUCCUUGACCCAGAGGAACUCGAAGAGGUGGUAAAGAUACAAAGCUUGAGGAUACUUAAAAGUGGUUUCUUCUGCUCAAAAUAUAUAAAUGAACUUGGCAACUUGGAGCAAUUGGAGGAGCUUACACUUAUCGUUCAUCCGCAGGGAUCUCUGAUAGAGUUGUUCGCUGUCCUGGAAUCCAAGCAGCCUCAAGUACUCAAAAGACUCGUUAUUCAGAAUGCAAAACUUACUAAACAAGAAGUUGGCCACCUUGCUGGCAUAAGAUCCUUGGAAAGCCUUCAGCUCGGUCUGCCCGAAGUAAAAUAUUGGGAACAGCAACUAAAAGAUACAAAAAAUCAGGCAUUCGUAAACUAUUGUCAAAAGUGUCUGCUGGCCCCGGUUUCAUUCACAUAUGAGAACCAAACUCAUCAAACUGACAUUCAUACAUUGAUAACUGCGACAGAUGAAGAUCCCUUGGAUGCUCAGUUUAAUUUUUUAACGCAAUCGUAUGGCACAUUGACUCCCACGAACUUGGCACUCUUGGCCAAUUUGCCGAACUUAAAGGAAUUAAAAAUUUAUUUUAAUUACAAUACACUAGAUGCGGUGAACUUAUUGAACACUAUAGCCUUGCAGUAUCCUCAAAAGGUAAGAACACUUGCAUUUGCAUCUCAGGACUUUAGGUUGGUGUCGCUGUUCAAGGACUUGCAAUCCUUCGAAUGCGUUUUUAGCCAUAUAAAAGAUAUCGAGUAUAUAUCUCAGCUCAGAAAUCUGACAGACUUGCAAAUCGAUAAUCCUCUUGGUAUAUCCCUGUGGCAGCUUCUUAAGGAACUGAAAGUUUUAGGUAAUCUUCAAUCCUUAAUUCUGGAUAAUUCGAAUCUGGAAUUUUUAGAGCUUGUUGAAGUAACAAAACUUAGUUGGCUAAAACGAUUACGACUCGGUUUGGCCAAGAAACAGUUCAUCUUUAUGCUAAUUCAAUUGGAAGACCUCGAAGUCUUGGAAAUUACAUCGACCCAUUACGCAGCGGAAAAUGAAAGCAACUUCCUCUAUUCCUUUCUAAUAAAGUGCAAAAAUAUUAAAUCAAUAUCUCUUUAUCGGUUCUACGAUUUCCUCAGAAAGGAUUAUAUCAAUGGAAUACUAAAUCAUAUUAAGCUGUUUCGAAAUCCCUACGAGCACCCGCCUUUCAAAUUGCGUGGAGUUUGGUCAGACUUCAAAAGAUUCAAUCAUGUAAGAUUUUAGUUGCCGUAUUUGCAAAUAUAUUUUCAUAUUAUUUUUAUCUUUUUAUUUUUAGUUGGCCUGUUAUAAUAAUGAGCUUAUGGAACUGAGGCGACAGGAUGGUAGCUAUCAAAGUAGUGAUGAAUCUGAUGAAGACUAAUUAAAACGCAAUUUAUUAAUUAAUAUAACUCCCUAUAUAACCUGAAAAUAUGUUGUUAGCUAUAAAAACAAAGUAUAGACGCAUUUAAUUUCUUUUUAUUAGAUAAAAUAGUUAGAAGUCACAGUUUCGUAAAUAUAUUAAUUUUGUGUAGAUAUAUAUUUAUAUAAAUAUGCACCUAUGCAGUCCCUUAUUAUUCAGAGCAUUUGUGUAACAGCUUUAUGUAUCUUACAUCAAAUUUACAAAAUAAUGACAUUAGCAUCACUCUACCGGAAAUUUCGUUUAUAGAAUCGUAGAAUAUCGUAAAAGGAAUCCAUAAAAAGAAUUCCAGGGUGAUGCCUAUAAAAGGAUUGUUUUUUAAUAUUUCCAAGUAUGGCAAAACUUACUAUUGAUAAAAAUGUCCCCUAUGUUAAUUUUUAUGGCUGUGUCCUUCGAAAAUCUACAACAUACUUUACAUUGUGUAAAACAUUUCAAAUGAAUCAUUUGCUUUACACUUCUUAUUUUACGUUUCAUUACAAAACAUUUUCCGUGUCAAAUUCAAUAAAUUCUCACAACGAAAUUAUUAUGCAUAUCUAAACCAAUUUAAAUUUUGCUAGGAAUAGAUUUCUAGGACAACCGUUAAUAGGGAAUAAAACAAAUAGGAAAUCUUUUUAAAUAUUUCUAUAUUAACAUUUAUUUAAUGUUUCUUUUUUAUAUUUUCAUUUUUAAAUGGUACACAGAGGUUUCCAUUACCUUCCUAUCAAUAUAGCCAAAUUAAUAAAAGUGAGAGCAACAAAUUAUGUUUAGACCAGCUUUUGCACUUGAUGGCUUAUAAUGCUUACAACACUUAUCGUAUCCGACAUUCAUUUAACUCACGACAUACUUACACAUAUUACAAUGAAAUUAAAAUAUUAUUUAUUACCCACCACCCACUGAUGUGGGUUCAUUGUGU